AUGGGCACACGAGACUUUGUCGGCUACGGGGCGCGUGCCAUUGACCCCAAGUGGCCUGGCGGGAAGACCCUCGCUCUGCAGUUUGUGCUCAAUUUCGAAGAAGGAGGAGAGAACUGUGUGCUGAAUGGAGACCUGGCGUCCGAGCACCUGUUAUCGGAUAUUGUCGGGGCCAAACCUUACGCGGGUCAGCGCCACCUGAACAUCGAGUCUCUGUAUGAAUACGGCAGUCGAGCGGGCUUCUGGCGACUGCAUCGUGCUUUCACUGCUCGGAACAUGCCUCUCACUGUCUUUGCAGUUGGUCGAGCGCUGGAAGAAAGCCCAGAGGCGGCACGGGCGAUGACAGCGGCUGGAUGGGAAGUGGCGAGCCAUGGCUACCGCUGGAUUGACUACCAAAACGUGGACGAAGCGACCGAGCGCGAGCAUAUCCGCAAAACUGUGGCCAUCCAUGAGAAACUGCUGGGACAACGACCGGUGGGGAUCUACCAGGGCAAACCAAACGUUAACACUCGUCGACUUGUGGUUGACGAAGGCGGGUUCUUGUACGAUGCCGACGCGUACAAUGACGACUUGCCGUACUGGGACACGCACUUUGGACGUCCACAUCUUGUCAUCCCUUAUGCACUUGACACGAACGACAUGAAGUUUGUGUCUGCUCAGGGAUUCAAUUCAGGAGAUCAGUUCUAUACGUACUUGAAGGACGCCUUCGAUGUGUUGCUCGAGGAGGGACGAGCUGGACAGCCGAAGAUGAUGUCAGUCGGCUUGCACUGCCGCGUGGUCGGACAUCCGGGACGUAUUGCUGCAUUGCUGCGCUUUUCGGACUACGUCCUGAGCUUCGACGACGUCUGGAUCUGCACGCGUGAGGAGAUUGCGCGCCACUGGUACGCAACACACUAUCCACACAAUGCUGCAAGCUCGAAGCUGUAA